AUGUACCCAAAUCUGAAAAUUUCUGACUGUGUUUCCUAUCACAAUCUCGACGCAUCGACCCAAAUUAUGUUUCCCUGCUUAUGCCAUCAUGCGCCGACCCACUGGCGAAGCCAAAGGGGAAGCGAAAGAGCAGAUCCUACGCCCUUGGCAGCAACCAGAGAUUUCAUUUCGAUGGUAAAAGCAAGAUUUCCGGCCAUCUGCAUGAUUAACGACGGGCAAGACCUCGUGCCACAGAAGGCGCAUUUGGGGAGAAGCUGGCGUCGCACAGAGUUACACGACAGAAAAUAG